AGUUAAACGGCCUGGAGUGUUGUAGUGAAACAUGUUUUUUUUUGUGUUCAAAAAGAUGGUUGACGGACGUGGAGCUAGAUAUUAACUAUAGUGUGUCUGAUUUGAUUGCCAUGUCAGUUGUACUUCAAUGGUAUUGUAUAGACUCGUGCAUUCCAUUAAAUUUUAUCUAAACGUCCAAAAUAAUCAAAAAACAUACAGUUGAAAUUGAAAACUCAUCAGCAUAACGGUUUGGAAUUGAAGGUCAAAAUAGAGUUAAGGCAGGUAUUUUAGGAUGCUGUACGUGUUUCCUCUGAACCUCCAACCACCAGGUGUAAAGCCAUACUGCAAGGUGACAGUGAAAUGUACUAUUUGUCUAUUGCAAUGAUACAGGACCGUCUACAUGCGUUUGUUUACCGACACAGGGUCGAGACAGAGCAAGGGGGAGGAGAAUGGUGCUAACACCGCUACUAGUUGAUGAUGAGGAAAACGUCUGCAGGAACGCUCUUAACGUAGCCAAACCACGCUAAUGUUUACUGUACAUAACGCUUGCAGUUUUAACACCCGGCAGUAAUAUCUAAACCAGAGAAACCAUCUUUUUCAUACAUCUGAUAUAGCAAGACGAAAGAUAUAUAGGGGGUUUCGGAGUUAGGGAAAAAUUACCCAAACGCUUUGAAGAUUCCUCAAGAUUGUAGACUUGAGUCGAUCAACAGUUGAGCGUUCUAGAUUCAGUCCGUCGUCGGGUAUUGUGAUGGACUAUCGUCUGUUUGCGUGUGAGAAGCACGUCCAGUGCCGUAGAGGGAAAACAUUAUAUUGGUUUAUACCAGCUCGUACUUUAGCACGUACGAGUAGACCCGGGAUGGACCAAAUUCAUAUUAACUACAGGCUAUCAUGGAGUGAGUUUGAGGCGAGUGAGACCGUUUCCAUUCAUUGAGGGGACAAGUGGAGGAAGCGACACCUUUGUAAAAACAUUCACGACUUCAUUAUCGUUCCGGUUGGGCGGAACCAAUGAAAAGCCUUCAUCUGAAAAGUGGGCGGGGUUACCGUUGUUGAAAUCCCCCUCAGUGUUGCUGGAUAGCCUAGAUCUCUUCAUUUAUGCAUAAGAUUUAACAGUGUGUGCAAAGAAGGAGAAAAAACUUGCUGUUAUAUACACGGAACGGGAAUUUAUCACGUGAAAGUAAGCCGGGAUUUGAGACAUGUGGAUUUCGUAGUAAACAUAUACACAACACUAGUAUACAAUAUUUCUCAGUGUUGAUAAAGAAUAAAUUGCGAUGGAGUUAUACACACCUCUCAGGAUAGCUGACUAACUCGGGGAUGUACGUCGUGCGAGUUUGUAGUAUAGUGAAUUUAAAAUAUCAAAAGUUUUGAUAAAAAACCUUUCUGUGUUUUCACCCCAAACGUGAAGCCUACCGAGGAUUUUGUGUUUCAUUUGGAGCUUUUUACAAGGACUAGAUAAACUGGUGAUACACGUCGUAUAUCUAGUCAUAACGAUGAAGCGACCAGACUGUCUAUAUACCUUCAUAGGAGUGUACAUCCUCGUACAGAUCCCUCCCCUGGCUGAUGGUAUCCGGUGGCUAUCUCUCGCGCGGAUGAAUAGCGUGGCAGCAAUACAAGUUCCUGAAAUGUGUGAUUCCUUAUUUGGAUUAGUGAAACGACAGCAGAAAAUAUGUAGGAAAAAUUUAGAAGUAAUGGACAGCGUAAAACACGGUGCUCAUUCGGCUAUAGACGAGUGUCAAUUUCAGUUCCGUAACCGUCGGUGGAACUGUAGUACUGUUAAUGCGAAAAAAGUUUUUGGAAAUGUUCUUAAAUUAGGUACCAGAGAAGCGUCAUUUGUUCAUGCCAUCUCUGCAGCAGGAGUUGCACACGCAGUCACGCGCGCCUGCAGUAGUGGCGCCCUAAGUAGGUGUGGUUGUGACCGAUCAGUGACGGGACGGAGUCCCAAGGGAUUCGAGUGGUCUGGUUGUUCAGACAAUGUAGCAUAUGGCACAGCGUUCUCAAAAGAAUUCGUUGAUGCCCGUGAGAGACGAAGAAAUAUUAAAAAUUCUGGAAGAAAACUGAUGAAUUUACAUAACAACGAAGCCGGAAGAAAGGCUGUUGAAGAUAAUAUGAUGAAACAGUGUAAAUGCCAUGGUGUUUCUGGUUCUUGUGAGCUGAAGACAUGUUGGAGAGCGAUGCCUACAUUCAGAAAUAUUGGACAAAUUAUCAAAGAAAAAUUUGAUGGAGCAACCGAAGUGAAACUGGAUAGAAACAAGUUACGGCCUCGCCUUAUUCCUGUAAACCCACAAUUUAAACCUCACACUAACUCAGAUCUCGUAUAUCUGAUCGCCUCCCCUGACUUUUGUGAGCCAGACCCCAAGACGGGAUCCCUCGGCACAACGGGGAGGGUAUGCAACAAGACAUCAAAAGCAAUUGAUGGAUGUGAUUUAAUGUGCUGUGGUAGAGGAUACGAGACCCGUAGGAGAAAAAUAGUGGACAGGUGUUCCUGUAAGUUCCAUUGGUGUUGCUACGUAACGUGUCAAAAAUGUGAACGAGAAAUCGACGAGCAUACGUGUAAGUAAAGGGGAGAUAAUCUUCCUAUAGACACAUGAAUCAAAAGCCUAACAGGGCAAAAUGACUAUAAUGACAGCUUCCGGUUAAGCAUGUGCAAGGGAUAUGCAGAUGACCUCCAGUUGUGCUAAGUCCCAAUCCUUUGAUAGGAAUGCACGUCCUUCUAAUCUUGGAAAUUGAAGCUAAACAGGAAGUUACAAAAUGUGCUACAAAUCGCCGUCAUGUGCUAAAGUGACAAUGGACGAAUAUAAAGCCAGCGGAACCCCGCCUGCAGAUACGCGCUAUCACACAGGCACACGAGUUACAAAGCAUUAGUACGAAUCAGAAUUGCGCUUUUGAAAAUAUACCAAUUACGAUAAAUGGACAUUCAUGGUCUGUGUUUGGUCAAGAUAUAGGACAUAACACCAGACCCGUAUCGCCUUGACUAUUGGACGUAAACAUGUGUGUUUAUGAUAUUAUAUAUACUCUUUAUUGUCGGUAUUCUAGGGUAAGAUGCUGCGUCUCUGUAAAGAAUAUCGUUCUAACAAUUCCAUUGGUGUCGUUUACUUGGCAAGAUGAUAGGACACAGAGUAUUUAUUAUGAUAUUUUUGUAGUUUCGAAUGUAUCCUUAUUUGAACGUUAGCAAUGACGUCAGACGUUUCAGUUUUUUUAUGAUACUGUCUUCAUUAUAAUUUAUUCAUCUAGAUAAAUUCAUCUUUUCAUUCGUUAGUGAUAUAUAUGUAUGUGAUAAAAUAUCAAAGACUAAAAUUAUUUAAGCCAGUAAUAUUCUGUUUUCAUAUAACUAUAUGUUAUAAGCCAUAACUAUGUUUUAACUUUAUUCACAUAACGAUGCUCGCGAAUAGGGCAGGUGCGAGCGCAUGGAGCCGUGCGCUUGCGUACUAUGACAUUGUGUCAAGAUAGUCGUUAGCCAAUCAUUUCAAUCUUUAUCACGGUAUGUGAUACAUAUAUAGAUACACUUUCUUUCAUCAGUUCCCUUAUAUUUCACCCCACAUAACUUCACCUGUUCUAUAGCAAUGAUCAGGCGAUAUGAUCUACCCAUGUUUCAUGUACAAGAUGGCAAAUUCUUUAUUUCGUUUUUUCAAUUUGUUGUCAAUAAGUCUGAUACGCAUUCAACCAUUAAGGAUAAUGUUCAUGUACAUGCGUAUGUUCUUAUCACACCACGACUAUAUUCAAGAUAUCAAAACAAUUACCUAAAUGAUAUUUUUUUGCUAUGAAUUAAGAGACUUUUGAUGAAAUGUAGGAAUGAGAUUGUGAGAAAGAGCGUUAGAGAAAGGUUUCCUGAGUGGUUAUGAUAGUUAUAUACAAAUGUAUGUACAAUUACCUCAGUCUUGAGUCUCUCGAGUAAAUAUCAUAGAAUUUUGAUGUGUACUACUGAUAUUAUACAAGUGUAAUGCCUACAGUUUAUACCAAUUAUUCAUCAUCAUACACUCUUUUUGGACCAGUCCCUAUGUAUAUCCAACGUUGGCCUAUUCUUGCCUAUAUGUGUGUUCCCAAUUAUAGCGUCUUGACGAAGCUGCAUGGUAUACAUAUUGUAUUACGUCAUACGGAUGACGUCAUACAUUGUUGAUAUAUAUCAUGUUCAUUUUUAUUUAAGGCAAAUUGAUAUGUAGACGAUAGAUUAAUACCCUAGAGAUGUAGCCGUUACUUCGAUAUUUAAUUCCUAGUAUAUCACUAUCGAUGUUGCUGCCCCUGUCCUAUCUGAAUACGUUAUGAAUUGAAAAUUUAAAGUUUUCCAAAAUAGUCAGCUGUUGUAGUAAUCCAAUGAUCUUGACUAGGAAUCUCUACAUAUCGGGGUAAUUUGUGAACAGAAAAAUCAAUUAUACUGGUUACCUCAUGUUCCUUUCUACACUAGAAAUUUUUCUUUAUUAAGAAUCUCCACCUUACAGUUAAUGUGUUAACAACAUAGCCGAAACCUCCUGGUAACACCGUGUUCUUGGCUAUACUUGAGAGGUUAUUUUUCUUGAAUAGGAAUCUAAACAUAUUAAACGAAUGAUUUGCUAUAGGGCUAGGCAGAGGCUACUUCAACGAUUACACUAAGUAAUAGUAUACCAAACGUCCUGAAUACAUGUUACGGAGGACUGUAUGAUGAAAGAGGCAUUUCUGUUCCGUAUGUCUUUGAAGUACUAUUUCUUUCAAUAAAUGAAGAAAUAUGGUUCAAUACUACAAAUAAAUCAAAAUGUGAUAUGUUUCGCUGAGCUUACGUGUUUAUAGUGCUGCAAACCUACAUGUUUUUGUGUUGUUUUGUAAAUAUGUAAAAUGUUGUUGAAAAUGAAAAAGAUCAUAUGGAAAUGAAAUUGUUCCUUGUGAAAAUGAUUAUUAUAUAAUAAUGUUUCUGUGGAAUAAUAAGAUAAGAAGAACCGACAGAUAAAAAUGUGUCCGUUUUUCACUAACAAAAUAUUGUUUAAUGAAUAAAUUUGCUAGUUUAUGAAUAUUUUUUAGUUUAACAGUUUAGAAUGAAUAAAGAUAAACGUUUUUGAAUCACAAUCUUACUGCAUAUAUAAAGUGGGCAUAUCUAUAUUAAAACAAAAUAUUGAUAUUUUUAUCGAGUUCGAAAAGUGUUCAUCCGUUGUUGAAAUUUUGCUAAAGCAGUAUUUUUGAAAUAUUUUUGUAUGGAAGUAUAUUAUGAACUUUUCAUUUUCACAGAAAUAAUGGCAUUGGCCUUAUGUUAUAAUAUAUGUACCUGUAUGUAUUGGAACUUUAUUGUCCUAUACAUUUGUCUGGCUGGCGUUAACUAUUGACUGUUGGUCUGCCAAUAUGUGAUAUGAUGUUAUUUGUUGUACAAAAUAUGUUCAACUAUGUCUCAUAUAUUGUGAAUAUCAAACAAAUUAAAUACCAA